CGCAGGCGCGCUGCCGGUUCAGGCGUGAGAAGGCACGGGUGGCACGCAUGCGCGGCAGGAAGUGGCUGUCUGAGGGGCUCCGCGGCCCCCCGAAUUCGAAUAUUCUCUCCUGUUUCGGGUGAGCCUGGGAGGAUAAGAAAGGAGCUCCGAAAGGCCUUCAAGCAAUGCUUUAAUUCUGCUUUGUAGAAAAAAGAGUCAAACCCAGCUUCUCUUUGAGGUCAGCUUCUCAGUUCACAAGGAAUUCUGUUCUCAAUAGUCUGCUUUGCUAAGGUGAGGAUAAAUAACUGAUUGCAGAUAGAGAGGAGCUACUUUCAGAGGCUGAUUUGCACUGAAGUAGCAACACAGAGGUGUGUUCUUUUAGGAUAUAGGAUGUUUGCACUUCAGUAAGAAAAACAGCCAGGUGUUUAAUGAUGGUCAGAAUUGGGGAUUUAUUACAAAGCAAUUCUACCGUUCCUUUACAUGCCCAGAGUAUUCAGCAAUAUCUUUACUUUGUUUUUUUUUAUCUUGUUGCUUUAAAUCAAACCACCUUUUUGACCCACUUAAAAAUCUUGGUGUGCAUAAGACACAGUACUAUGGAGACUAAUGCUCAUGUUGCAUAGUUAAUUGAUCUUUUUCCAUUUCUACCCAGAAGGAAGGCAAAACUGGUAAUAGUAAAAAUAUAAAAUGAAUCUAAAUUCCACAAAUGAUGGUCCUUAUUAACUGGAGCAAUUAUAAUCUAGGAAGCAUUUCAGGAGCUGCUAAGAACUUCUCCAUGAGACAAACAAUUCCUGUCUCUGAGCCACAGACAUGGAGGAGGAGAGCCUUCCUUCGCCAGCAGACAGGCUGGAUGCUCCAGGGAUCAGCCGGCGGGUCUCCGCCAGCGAGUUCUCCUGCCACUGCUGCUACGACAUUCUCAUCAACCCCACCACCUUGAACUGCGGGCACAGCUUCUGCCGGCACUGUCUGGCGUUAUGGUGGAUGUCUUCCAAGAAGAACGAGUGUCCGGAGUGCCGGGAAAAAUGGGAAGGGUUCCCAAAAGUCAACAUCCUCCUCAGGAAUGCCGUUGAAAAGUUGUUCCCGGUUGCCAUUGAGCAGCGCAAAGACGACAUCCUGCAAAACCACGAGGCAACGCAAAGUCUGGCUGCCUUUCAGAAGUAUGGGAGCGACCAGCCCACGGCAGCCCCCAGUGCCGGGAGGGUGAACCCGCCUGGAGGAGGCUUUUUUUCCGGUGUCCUGACCGCGUUGACCUGCGUGGCGGUGGUUUUGCUGGGCUACCAUUGGAGCAGCCGGGAGUCAGAGGACAGCCUGUUGGUCCACAAGCCUGUCGCCAAAUGGACGGCAGAGGAGGUGGCCCACUGGCUUGGGCAACUGGGGCCUUGGACGUCCCUCUACAAGGAGAGGUUCCUGCAGGAGAGGGUGAAUGGACGGCUGCUUCUGACGCUGACCGAUGAAGAACUCAGACAGGCUCCUUACCAGGUGGAGAACAGCAGCCACAGAAAAGCCAUCACAAUGGAACUCGAGUGGGUGAAGAUUCGGGGGGUGAAGCCGCCACAAAACCUCUGGGAGUACAAAGCGGUGCAGCCCGGAAAAUCGCUGUUCCUGCUCUACGCUUUGAAGAGCUCCCCUCGGCUCACCCUGCUGUACUUGUACCUGUCGGAUUACAGCAACACCUUCCUGCCCUUCAUCCACACCAUCUGCCCGGUGCCGGAGGACGAGGAGCUUGCAGACGUUAUUGCAAAACUGCAUGACCACAAGGACCCGGUGUGGAAACAGUGGCGGGAAUUCCUGGUGAAGUUUGCUUUUCUGCCCUAUCAGCUGCUUGCCGAGUUCGCUUGGGACUGGCUGGAGGUCCAUUACUGGACCUCCCGCUUCAUCAUUGUGAAUGCUAUGCUGCUCUCUGUGCUGGAGCUGCUCUCCUUCUGGCGACUCUGGUCAAGGCGGGAGCUGAAAAGAAUUCCCUACCGGAUGUGGAGCCACUUCUGGAAAAUGUCAACCCAGGGAUUCCUAAUGGCCAUUUUCUGGCCAUUUAUUCCCCAGUUUGCCUGCAAUUGCCUCUUUUACUGGGCUUUGUACUUCAACCCGAUCAUUAAUAUUGACCUUGUAGUGAAGGAAGUCCGUCGGCUGGAAACCCAAGUCCUGUGAGGCAGAGGAUCCUGGCCUUGGGACGGCCGGACCCUCCACCGUCUGGGGCAGGAUGCUAAGGGAUCAGCUCUGUCCUUCUGCACUUCUAAAUCAGCUGAUACUUCCUCCAUGGGUAACUGAACCGUCUAGUUUUGCAGCUCUUUGCGUGCCCCACUUCCUUUUCAGGGGCAAGAGGCACUUUUUCCCGGGGGCAGAGAAGAUGUAAUGUUUGCAUAAUCCAAACUCUUAGUUUGAGCCGACUGAAGCAGGGGUUGCAAACUCUUUGGAAAAGGAUACCUUUCGUGUAAAUAGGUGAAUGGGUUUCUCUGUGUGUCUAAAUCUCCUCUGUGUUGCUUUGUGUUAAAUCUCUGGUGAAACCAAGACGAUCAUGUUAAAUGUGAUGUCCCUAUAAAUGAAAUUUGACUCUGCAUUUGUAUUAACAUGAUCUUUAAAUUUGCAUAGAACAUUUUUACAAAUUAAAUAAUAUUUUCUAAAAGUA